UGGAUUCGGAUUCUUUCAUAGCUUAAAUUUUCCAACGUAUUUUAGGAAAUUGAAGGAAAUACAGUAGACCAAGAUUUUAAGACUUUAUAUCUAAAUAUUACGGUUCAUAGUACUGUAUAGGUCAACUUUUGGGUUCUCCACUGGUAGAACUGGGCCGAGACCGGUGCGCGUUUUCUCACUGAGUCUGCGCGUGCCCGAGGCCUGUAGUAGGAGGAGGUUCAGAAUAACGGAGCCGAGAUCAUCAUCACCAUCCCGGAGGUGAGGCCCAGCGAGCACACGCCUCAUUCGAAACAUAAAGAUGAGCUCAUGAGUCUGAUCGCAGUCGUGUGCUGUGGUCGAUUCGGGGAUUUGAGAUCACGUCCAGAUCCAGAGGUUCGGCCGCGUGAUUCCAGCGGUAACGGUAGCGGCAUGAGCGCGUGAGCUGAAGCGUAUGCAUCCGAACAGGACGCGCAUUCUCGGAGCCGAGACUGAUCAGAAGCUCACGGGUUCACCGACCAUCUUUCGCUACAUGUGACCGAUCCGAACCACCCGAAUCCAUCGGCAGCUUCACCAGCGGGCUGUGAAUUAGCACGCCAGGACAGUACAGAAUGGCUCCUCACCUGGACGCGGCCCGCAAACUGGCCUGGAUCUUGCUGAAGUCACUGCUGCGUUUCACCUUCAUGUUUGUCAAUAACUGUGUCGCGAUCCCGUCCUACUGCCUCUACCUGAUAGUACUGCAGCCGUUGAGACUUCUGGAUGCCCCCACGUUUUGGUUCAUCGAGGGGGUCAUGUUCAGAUGGUUGCUGGCCAUGGUGGCUUCAUGGGGCUGGUGUGCAGGUUACACCGUAACAGAAUGGGGAGAUGAUGUGAGGCCAAUGUCUGAAGAAGAAGCCAUGGUGAUAGUCAACCAUCAAGCCACGGGUGAUGUGUGCACUUUGAUGAUGUGCUUGCAGGACAAGGGCACGGUUGUACGAAAGAUGAUGUGGUUGAUGGACCAUGUUUUUAAAUAUACCAAUUUUGGAGUUGUGUCCCUGAUUCACGGAGAUUUCUUCAUUAGACAGGGUAAAGCAUAUCGAGAAAAACAGCUGGUUUACCUGAAGGAACACCUGGAAAAGUAUUACUACAGCAGAGACAGGAAGUGGAUCGUACUGUUUCCUGAGGGCGGCUUCCUGAGAAAGAGGCGAGAAACAAGUCAGGCAUUCGCCAAAAAGAAUGACUUGCCACACCUUACUCACGUUACACUGCCACGGUUGGGUGCCACACAGGUCAUUUUGAAGAUCCUGGGACCCCAGCAGGAGAAUGGCAUUCUGGGUACAGAGGGAAGUCCACAGAGUCAAAGUAACAAACCUAAAGGAAUUCAGUGGGUAAUAGAUGUGACUAUAGCCUACCCUAAUGCAAGACCAAUCGAUAUUCAGACAUGGAUUUUUGGUUAUAGAGAUCCAACAGUCACACAUGUGCACUACAGGACAUACGCUAUAAAGGAUGUGCCAGUAGAAACUAAUGCUCUGACAGAUUGGCUGUAUCAGCGAUUUGUGGAAAAGGAGAAACUUCUGGAUCACUUCUACAAGACAGGAACUUUCCCCCCACUAGAGGGCCAAAAGGAGACGGUCUCCCGAAAUAUGAUCCCAGACAACGCCUGGCUGGUUUUUGUCCAAACGUUCGCCUUCGCCUCAGGCUACCUGUGGUACAGCAUUCUACAUCACGUCUACUGCUGCUUCUUCUAACAGCUCUGUGGAGACCCCAACGUGCUGGACAGAGGAGGAAAAGCCAGAGACCACGAGUCCAGAUUGCCGUUCUCCUCUGCCGGACGCUUGAAUGUACCUGCAGAACGUCUCGAGCUGCUGUUUUCGAUCACGGCCUACCCCAUCUUUACUACGGAAGGACACAUCCACCCGAUCCCAUCUGCCCAUGCAGACAUGCUUUUAUCCUUUAGAUUUGCAUAGAACCAGUACAACAUGUUUACACAUGCGCGCUCACAUGCAGAGAGAAAAUGAUGCACAUCUCAUUGUUUACUCAUAAACAUGGGGUUUCGUUUUUACUACAAUCAAAAUUAGGCUCAGGAAAAAGUCAGAGAUAGAUCUCUCACGUCUUUCAUUUCCACGUCUCGCCACGUGAGCUCCCCCCACCCCUUCUGAGACGAACACCAAGCGGGAUGACAGAUUUUUGUUCCAGAGACUUCGGUCCUGUUUGGAAGAGCCUCCUCUGGCUUUCUUUGCACUAUGAAUCCUCGUCCCCUCUUCGGUGUGAGCCGAUCCCCUAUCAUUUCUCCCUCGUGGCUCUUUUGUCUCGUGUCAACUGGACGCUGUUAUCUGCGUGUAUUGUCAGUAUUGAGAGAUGGUAGAGCGUUUGUAAUAUUGUUUACAAGGACCGGGCACCUGGUUUGGACGGGAAGGACGUUUUCGAUGAGGAACCUGGUUCUCGUUUUAAUGUGCAUAAAACAUUACGGGGCCAUGAUAAGAGCGUGUCAUUUCGUGACUUUACACAAUCGACGCCAUACAGACACAUCUACGUGCAUCACACGACUGCCACACAACAGACAUCCGAUAGGAAAAACGCAGCCCCUCAUCUCCAUAGUUUUACAGAUAUUUAAGCCAUAUGCUUAUAUCGUCGGCUUGAAGGGGGCUGACAUUCUACUGACUGAACUUCAUUGUCCUAAAAAAAGAUUUUAAUUUUGUUCACUUUUUAUUUUUGUUUGUUUUGGUCGCAUUUCUGUAAACGUGACAGCGUAACCUGCCUGUGUGAUUGUGUGACUGCCCUUUUCCUUCCUGUGUUUUAGAUGCACAUACUGUCUGGUUGCUUCAUGUUCUAUCAGAGUGUUGGCAAAUCUGUUUAACAGUCGAGUUUAUUUUAUUUAGUUGAGUUCUUUAUCCUCGUUGUUUGUUUAAUCUUGUACAGAAUGGAGUCCAUGCUGUAACGUUGUUGAGUUGAAGCAUUUUUACUAAUGUUUAAGAAUGAAGACUGAGCCGGAUGCCGUUCGCUCUCUUCUCGAGCGAUGGCGUGGCCCUUUUUUAUGUUCAUCAGAAGGAACGUCGUUUCUGCUGCCGGACAGAAGGAGCGGAGAUGUAGAUUACCUUUUAUUUUGUGUUAAGGCACAAAAUGUUUUAGACUAGCUUUUGACUAUCUUGAGGGAAAUGGAUCCGAGCUCGUGGAGCGAAAAGGAAACGUUUUCCGCAACCUUGAGACAAAAUUGCUAAAAGCAUCAUGUUUUCCAUGCGUGAAAUCGGAACUGUUUUUGUGCGUUUACGGGGAGAACGCCACAACCGAGUCGUCUCUGUGCGCUCCUCGUAUCGAAAGAGAAUAUGGUUGGUCCAGCAAUAAUGUACUAAACAAAAAAUGCCCAUGUUGUGGCGAUUUAAAGGAACGAUGCUUAGAUGUACAAAUUAGAUAUUUUUAGUUGAAAACGUUGCACCGUUUUGUCACUUCCCCCUCGACCUAAGCCAUGUCACCUUUGAAAGUGAUCUCUGUGUCCAUAGCUUGCCAGACUGAAAUGUGAAUGACGCCACGAGACUUAAGCGAAAGCCAAGUUAGAUGCAGACUGCAUUGGGAGCAAGAUACGUCACCUUGAACCUCACCGCCAGGAGCUCCCUUCAGACGUGAGAGACAUUGGGUUCCUCGCCCCCUCCACGCUGUCUGUAUGAUGGAGACGUAACAUUGUUUUGUUAAGUAUGGUUUUAUGUUGAAAAAAAGUGAGAUGUCUAUAUAUUAGCGAUUUAACCAAAUUACGAUAGAAUGGUCCAUACAUUUCAUUUUGUACUCCUGUUUCUCUUCCUAGCUACCCAGACAUUUUACAACACAAAUUAAUUGUGCUGGAAUAAAAAUCACGAGCAGCAGUGA